AGUGUGUUUACAACUCAUAUCAUCCUGAGUGUACACGGCAUUAUCCUGCACGCCAAAACAGACCCAAGCAAUUUGCAGGCUCGUGCUGCCUGACCCAUAAUACAUCCCUGUUGUACUUUCUUAGUGAGGACUAGGAGUUAUUAUCUCGGACUAACUGUGUGAGACCGUUAUCUUCCGCAGCGUCGGGCCACCCACCAUCUGUGGAAGUGGGACAAGGGAACAGAUGGCGCAUCCAAGUCGGCCUGCAGGGCUGCUGACGCUGACUGUUAGGACAGCACUGGAGACGAGUAUGAGUGAUUAAAAUAAAAGGCAGUCGGUGGUAAUUGCACAGUGUAUUUUGCAGAUUUAACGAUGCCAGAGUGACUUGUAUAAGAGUGACAGAAAGCAUCGUAGUUUGACCAAAUUGAUGCGCGACGACUCGACCAGUGGCAUCAACUUAAUCCCUUUUGACGUAUCUCCGGGUCGGUGAACAAUGGUUGACAACCGCUACGCUACAGCUCUGGUCAUCGCCUGUGUGUUGAGCAUACUGGCCACAGUGUAUCUGUCAGUGGCCAUCGGGACUCAGCACUGGUACCAGUACAGCAGCCCCACCGUGCGCGGGGAGGCUAACGUAUCAGAGCUGCGCUCCCUGUAUGAGGAGUUCAUGGAUGGGGAGUUUGAUGAGAAAACCUACAGCGACACCCUCUUCCGCCUUAACGGGACUGUGGGCCUCUGGUGGCGGUGUGUGCUCGUUCCUGCCAACGGUCUCUGGUACAAAGAGCCAGAUUCCAAGAUGAUGCUAGAGUGUCGAAGCUUCACUCUACCUCAGCAGUUCACUCCCAAGUAUACAGAACCGGGAAACCACAACAGUGGAGAGGACAUGCUGCGCACCUACUUGUGGAGGUGCCAGUUUCUGCUGCCACUGGUGUCCCUGGGUCUGGUUGUGUUGGCAGGCCUGACUGGGUUCUGUGCCUGCCUCUGCCAAAGCCUCACCCCUACUCUGGGCAUAGGAGUACUUCACCUGCUGGCUGGUCUCUGCACCUUAGCCACAGUAUGCUGCUACCUGGCCGGCAUGGACCUGCUCCACAGGGUGUCAAUGCUACCUGAUAAGGUGGAUGGCUCUCUGGGCUGGUCCCUCUACUUGGCCCUCAUUUCCUCACCACUUCACAUGAUGGCUGCCGCGCUGCUGGUGUGGGCCGCACGCAGCCACAGUCAGAACUACUACCGCAUGACCGCCUACCGGGUGGCAUAGCUCUGGAUCUGCCCUGUUUAAAUUCAUACACCACUCUGACACCAAGAUACAUUUUAUAAUGAUCUCAGAGGAAUGGGAUAUGGGUUAAUCUGUGUGUUUUGGCCUCUGAUGGAUUAACGUGCAUGCUCUCUAUAGUAAUGACCCUUUAUGCUGCAUUAAAAGAUUUUAUUUUUCUCUCUCUAGGUCAAGGUUCGGCAAAUAAGUAUGGCGUCGGGCCAAAUUUUUUUCAGGCUGUUACAUGGCGGGCCAGAACAUAGUCAAAUUAUUUCAAAUGUGUAUGUUUAGCUCACUCGGUAGGAGCGGGACUUAUGCAGUAAAAUCAUUAGUUUGACAUACAGGUUUUAAACAAGUCCCCAGAUAGUCGUAAAAUGCACAUCACAUUUUUAAACAUUGGGAUUUCUGAAAACUGAAAAAAAGAAAUUAACCAAAUUGUAAUAAACAGGAAUUGCUGUUAAAGUAUAUAAAAAUGUUAGAAACAGAGAAGAUACUCAAAAUGUUUUUUAAUCAAAAUGUGGACACUUUGGGAUUUUUCUUGGAAAUCAAAAAACAAAAGCAGAUGUGUUUAAAUCUUCUGACUAAUGGAUGUCCAUCGGCACACAUCUUAUAUUAUUUCCUGCUUAAUAUAGAUAUUAUUACAAACAGUAUAUAUACUAUACUAAGUAUGUGGUAUGGUAUUGGGACACACCUUUUUCUUUUAUUGGUUUGUUUUUGUCUGGUUGACAUUUUCAGUCUCACACACCCAAAUUCACCCAUUUGGGUGUGGUGACAAUUCCUCUUUGUUGGACUUACAAAUAUGCCCAGCAGUACUGAACAUACCCUGAGUAUCGUGGCAAGACAAAACCUUUUAGGUAACCGUAAGGUAUUUAUGGAAAAGACAAACAGAGGAUUGCUGUUGCAUAAUUAGUUAUUUACUUCUGCUGCUUCAUAGUCGAGGAAUGUGGACGUCAAUGAAGAGUACAGUGAGAUAGACCGUGUUUGUGAAUGGUUUUCAUUUCUAUUUCCAAGCACAUUUUUUUUAAUAUUUUGACUGAUAGAGGCUUUUGCAGAAAAGAUUCUUUUUUUCUAUAUAGUAGUGGUUUUUCAUCAUUUUGUGUUGUUGCCCUUACAUGCUCAUAUAAAAUCCUUUCCAUAUCCUUUUAUGAAUUCAGUUGUGUUGUUUAUAUUUAUUUAAUUUGUAUUGGUUACUUAAUUUUUAGUUAGAUAGUUAUCACCAUUUCAAUUCAACAGGAUUUAAGGGAAAGUGUGUUUCCCUGAUAGGCAUUAUGAAUGUAAUUUCAAGGCCAUAGUGUGAUAAGCUACAGUAUUCAUUUGCACUUAAAAUAUUGUUGAACAUAUCCAGAAUAUUCCUGUAGUGGUCAGUAAUGAAUUUAAAUUUUUUGAUGAUGCAAAUGUCCCAAAAAUAAGACAUUCAGAAAAAAACACCAUUAUUACCCUAAAAGCCAUGCAAUAUGUCUCCAGAAAUAUAUAAAUUACGACCAGUCACACGGUUUCAUAAAACUACAGAAUGUCUGUAAAAUGAUGCACUGUGUGUUGUCAAAAAGGUCUGGUGAUAAAUCAGAUUAUGUUGCAAAUUCAGCCUUUUAAUUUAUCUCUGAAUCAACUGUAGCGUAAAUAUAAAAGCAAAUGUCAUUGUAUGACUGUGCUUUUGUGAAUCUACAGUGAAUGUGUUGUUCAUUCUCCUGUUGUGAGCUGAAACAGUAAAUAAUUGUUCACUUAAAUAUUGUGUAUGAGUGUAAGCAAGCAAAUGUGGGUUCCAAGCAACUGCUGUCAUUUCAAUAAAUCAAUGAAGAAA